GGAUGAUUGACAUCGAAAUCAAACACUGUGGUUUAUCUUGUAGCUGGUAACGUUUGCGAAGAGCGCGAGUGAACACUCUCCACCGAGAGAGAGAGCUCGGAGUCAGAAGAAGCUGAGUGACAAAACUAUGUUCAAUAAAUAAUCUUAUUAACAACUCGUUGUAGUUAGCUGCAUACAGAUUCAAGAUAUGGCUUCUUCACUAUCCAACACAAAUCAUUUUCAUUCAUUCAAAAACCCUUUCUCUUUUCGUUCUUCUCGUUUCAUUCUAUCCAUUCCUUUCUACUCUACACCAACACCGUUGCUUCAUUCUCGUUUCUCUUCUUCUCUCAAAGCUUCUUCUUCUUCUUCUUCUUCUUCUGAAGCUGAUAAGUCAGUUAUUUCACAAGGGAAACGAAUUGUAGAGGACAAGAGCUAUUGCUAUGAUAAUGAUGAAGAAGAAGAAGAUGAUGAAGAAGAAGAAGAUAAAUGGGUUGAUUGGGAAGAUCAGAUUUUGGAAGAUACUGUUCCUUUGGUUGCCCUUGUUAGAACGAUUCUUCAUUCUGGACAAUAUCAUAUUGGAGAUAGACUAAGUCCAGAGCACGAGAAAACCAUUCUUGAGAAGCUGCUUCCAUUUCACCCUGAAUCUCAAAAAAAGGUUGGAUGUGGAGUCGAUUAUAUAACGAUUGGAUAUCAUCCUCUGUUUGAUCGGUCCAGGUGUUUGUUCAUAGUGCGAAAAGAUGGAGAGCUGGUUGACUUUUCAUAUUGGAAAUGCAUAAAGGGUUUGAUCAGAACGAAUUAUCCAUUAUAUGCAGACAGUUUCAUUCUCAGGCACUUCAGGAAGCGGAGUCGUAAUUUGGGAAGUUGAUAUCUUCUGCUUGUUGUACCAUUGUAUGUUAGAGUUAGCUUCCUUCUUUUUUAAAGUUAUUUUAUCCUUUCCAUUUUUGUUGUUCUCGUAUUGCUGUUAGCUAGUGUACUAUUUUAAUGAUCUGAAAAUAGAUAAUAUAGAAAUUUAUGGAAUUCAGAAGAGUGGUUAAGCAUUUAACGACCCACUAAUGAUCGCCGUCGAUGCUGGAAAUUGACUCCAUUUUAUUGUUGACAAUAUAUUUGCAGUGCUUGAAAAUUACAUGAACAUGGAUUUUGUAUAUA